CAAAGGCUCAUGCCCGCAUUUUACAGCUCAGCCUCCUCAGCACUCCACCCUUCCCCAAAAGAGAAGCACCAAGGAGGAAGGAAUGUUCAGUGUUUUCCUCAUAGCCUGAUCACAGAUUUCUUAUUCCUGGAAAGCCUGUUCUCGGACCAGAUGGCAGUAACAUUUGAAGAUGUGACUGUUAUUUUUACUUGGGAGGAGUGGAGAUUCCUGGAUUCUUCUCAAAAAAAGCUCUACAGAGAGGUCAUGUGGGAGAACUACACAAAUGUCAUGUCAGUAGGAAACUGGAAAGAGAGCUACAAACCCCAAGAAGAAAGAUUCAGAUAUUUAGAACAUGAAAAUCUUUCCUGCUGGCAAGGCUGGAGAAAUGCGAGCACUCAGAUAUAUGAGAAUCAAAACUAUGUGGAAACCAUUCAAGGGAUAGAUUCUGAACACCUAAAGCAGCAAGACCUUUCCCACUAUCAAGCAUGGUUAAUACUCUCCACACAAGUACCAGGGUAUGGGAACUAUGAAGUGACUUUUGGAGCUAAAAGUCCCACGAACUUAAAAUAUACAAAGUUUAUACCUUGGCAGUCCUUCGAAACAAAACAUACUCAAGACUAUAGUGGGGAAAUCUAUGUGAGUGAUUCACAUGGUUUUCAAGGAAGCAGAUACCAUCUUGGCAUAUCCAGGAAAAAUCUCUCCAUGGAAAAAGAACAGAAGCUCAUAGUUCAGCAGUCUUAUGUACCAAAUGAGGAAGCCCUUCCAGAGUACAUUGGGGAGAUGUGCCAAAAUGACCUACUGAAAGACUCUAUGGAAGAGAAAUACUGUGGAUGUAAUAAAUGUAAAGAAAUUUAUUAUUGGAAAUCACAAUGUGUUCUCCACAAGAGAAAUCAACUUGGAGAAAAGUUGUAUCAGUGCUCCAUUAGCACAGCAUGCUUCUCUCAGAGAUCAGACCUAUACAGACAUCCGAGAAUCCACAUAGGUAAGAAGCUGUAUGGAUGUGCUGAAGUUGACAGUAACUUUAGUCAGAGCGUAGGUGUUCACUUUUAUCACAGAGUCCACACAGGGGAGGUUCCUUAUAUAUGUAAUGUGUGUGGUAAGAGCUUCAGUCAGAUCUCUAGUCUUCACAAUCAUCAAAGAGUCCAUACAGAAGAGAAACUCUAUAAAUUUGAGUGCGAUAAGGACCUCAGUAGAAAUUCAUUACUUCACAUUCACCAGAGACUUCACAUAGGAGAGAAGCCUUUUAAGUGCGAUCAGUGUGGUAAGAGUUUUAGUCGGAGUUCAGUACUUCAUGUUCAUCAGAGAGUCCACACAGGAGAGAAACCAUAUAAGUGUGAUGAGUGUGGUAAAGGCUUCAGUCAGAGCUCAAAUCUUAGAAUUCAUCAGUUAGUCCACACAGGAGAGAAGUCCUAUAAAUGUGAUGACUGUGGUAAGGGCUUCACCCAGCGCUCAAAUCUUCAAAUUCAUCAGAGAGUGCAUACAGGAGAGAAGCCUUAUAAAUGUGAUGACUGUGGGAAGGACUUUAGUCACAGCUCAGAUCUUCGCAUUCAUCAGAGGGUCCACACAGGGGAGAAACCCUAUACUUGUCAUGAAUGUGGGAAGGGCUUCAGCAAGAGUUCAAAGCUUCACACUCAUCAACGAGUACACACUGGAGAGAAACCCUAUAAAUGUGAACAGUGUGGUAAGGGAUUCAGUCAGCGUUCUCAUCUUCUCAUUCAUCAGAGAGUCCAUACAGGAGAAAAACCCUAUAAAUGUGAUGAUUGUGGAAAAGGCUUUAGUCACAGCUCUAAUCUUCACAUUCAUCAGAGGGUUCACACAGGGGAGAAGCCUUAUCAGUGUGCUAAGUGUGGUAAGGGUUUCAGUCAUAGCUCAGCUCUUCGAAUUCAUCAAAGAGUCCACACAGGAGAGAAGCCUCAUAAAUGCCAUGAGUAUUAUAAGGGAUUUGAUCAGAAUUCACAUAUUCACAAUAAUCACAGAAGAGAAACCUUAUAAUUCUGUUCAUUUAGUUAACAGCUUUAAUCAAAGCUUAACCUUAAGCCCAAUAAAUGCUACUGGGAAGAAAAUUGUAUAAAUAACCAAAGUAAUCCCAAGUAACAUUUAUAGUUUCCCCUAACUCCCACUAAGAAUCAUGUGCUUCAAGAGGAGAUGCUUAGGAGGAUUCUUAUAUGUUUAAAAUUAAAGCGUAUUUUCUUUUUCUACUAUAAAUAUUAUACAUAGUCAUUAUAAAAUAUAUUUAAAAAUUCAAGGAGAAAAAACUUCAUCCUGUUUCAUCCUAGUCUUUUUUUCUGUGCAUUUUCAUGUGCAUAAACUCGUACUCUAUGUUCAAGUUUGUAUUUUCACUGACUUCAAAACACUUACAUUUUGGUUUGAAUUGAAAUUGGCUACCUAUCUAUGGGACAGCAUCUUGACUCACCUGUCAAGUCCCUCAGAAGCUACAGAAAAAAAUGAAAACACAUGACACUUGAAACUCAAACUGGUAGGUAGCCUAUGGCUCAAAUGUGGAAGAAUUAACUAUAGGGCCAGGGAAAUUCAAUUGCUUAUGACAAAAGAUAGGAAAAUACUGUAUGACCCUUUAUCUGAGUUAGGACAUCUUAGAGAUGCUAUUUCUGUCAACCAGGAAACUCAGGAACCAUUAUUUUGUUGCAGGGGUGCUGCUCUCUGAGGUUACCACAAUGCAUUCUUACCCAUUUUCAUCCUCAGUUUUCCGCAUUUAUUCAUAGGGUCAGACAUCAAGUAACAGGAGAUACAAGAUUUAGUUUCUCCAAGUAAGGUGUCAAGGAUGUGGACAAAAGCUGAUAGAAGUGAAUGCUAAAAACUGGAGAUACUCGAUCAGUUCAGAAUUAGAGAUCCAAGCAGUAGAAUUUGAUUUAAUCUCAGCAGAAUAGAAUGGUAAUAGAGAAACAUCUGCUAGAAACAGAAUUGAACUCAGAGCUCUGUGCAGAAAUGAAUUCUCAAGCUAAUUAUGCAAGAAGAGAGAAUUUGCUCAUUAUAAAAAUGGAGUAGACUCAAUGAGAAUACAUAAGCCCUAACUAUUGAUAUGUGAACAUGUUUAGAUAUCACUUCCCAAGAGAAAAUAAAUUAAGUGGAGCUGUUUAGGGAAUUAAGAGGGAAUUGCAGUACCAAAGAAAGGAAUAUCAUUGUGUAGACUUAGAAUCCUGUAGCCUGAAAAUUAGCUAUUUCGGUGUCCUAAAUAAAUUUUCAGAAAAACUGGUGUCCUCAGUAGCAUGACAGAAAACCUGAAAUUAAUAAAACUAGAAUAGAAAUACCUAAGUAGAGAAGAGCCUCUAAGAUAAAAAGAAAAAUAGAUAUAAUGAAAAAGGACUACAGGCAAAUUUAAAAUGCUGUAUCAAAGGAAAAGGCACUAAGAAGCAGAAUUGGCACUGUAGAAUAUCAAAUACUGCAAUGAAUAGACUUGAGAUGAUGUUAAAUGUAUAAGAAAAGGAUAAUGAGAUGCGAACAAUGAGAGAAAAGACAGAUAUGAAGUGCAGAGAAUGGAUAGCCAUUGUAAGAACUAAAGGUGUUUCUAAGGAAGAUGAACAAUUGGAAUGGACUCAGUGAUCAAAGAAAUUAAAUUUUUCCUGAGCUAAAAGUAUAUGCCCACUAGAUUUUAGGCAAAACCAGUAUAAAAAACCAUGCUUGGAAACAGCUUA